AUGGCCCCCCUUAGUGUCUCGUCGGCAACUCCGCGCACCCCGGAGAAUUUCGACUCACCUCGGUCUAAACCAGCUUCUAGGGCGCCAGUAUCCGACUACUCCCCGCCUCUGCAGCCAAAUUGGUUUAUCCGUUUAAUAAGAGCAGUGUUUGGCUACAGAAAAACUUCGCUUACAUUCUUGGUGGCAAUCGUGUUAUUUGCAACUGUCAUAUUAUCCUCAAUUGAUAACUCCUUGAGUUUUACCGUUUCUUUGCCCACUGAUGCUUUGGAAUCUUCCGUGUUGGAUAGCCUGUGGGAUUCCCUCCAAAAAAUUGCUUUAGUGGAACAUACUUAUAAUUCUGAAGGAAAUGACUACGUUCACGACCUACUCGAGGAGAAAAUUGCUGCUCUUGUGGCCAAUAAGAAGUACAUUGAAUAUGACAAUGACUUGAAUGGAACUAACAAUAUCAUGACUUCUGUGAACUAUUUGAGUUAUGCAUCUGUUUCGUACUAUGAGAGUAACAACUUGUUGGUGAGAGUAAAUGGGUCGGAUGCAUCACUUCCUGCGUUCUUGGUCAGUGCUCACUACGACUCUGUUCCCUCUUCUUACGGAGUCACUGAUGACGGCAUGGGAGUAGCUUCUAUGCUUGGAUUAUUAGAAUAUUUUGCUGACAAAUCCACCAAACGACCUCUUAGAACUGUCAUCUUUAACUUCAACAAUAAUGAGGAAUUCGGAUUGUAUGGAGCGACCGCUUUUCUCCACCAUCCAUGGUUCCAGCAGAUUAAGUACUUUUUGAACUUGGAAGGUACCGGAGCAGGAGGUAAGGCCAUUUUGUUCAGAGGAACUGACUAUGGUAUCGUGAAGCACUUUUCAAAAGUUCGUUUUCCGUAUGCGACGUCGUUGUUCCAGCAGGGAUUUAACAACAAGCUCAUCCACAGUGAGACUGACUAUGCAAUCUACAAAAGCAUGGGAAAACUCCGCGGACUAGACUUAGCCUUCUACAAGCCAAGAGAUAUCUAUCAUACAGGUGCUGAUAACAUUAAGAAUACCAACAAGAAGUCAUUAUGGCACAUGUUGUCCAACACUAUUGACUUCACUCAGUUUAUUGCCUACGAGAAAAUCGACUUGGAUGAGGAAUACAUGGGUGGCGAGGCUGCGAACAGUAGCAAUGACUACGCUGCAUACCUGUCGUUCUUCAACUACUUUGUGGCAUUCUCGCUUUCACAGGUUGUCAUUGUUAACAUCGUUCUACUUGUUGUGUCUCCCAUCUUGUCACUUUUACUUCUUGUGCUAAUUUUCCAGUACAAAAAGGGUUGGGGCGUCAACUUUAUCAACGUGAUCAAAUUUCCCAUUUCUUUCGUUCUUUCUGUCAUUAUCUUAAGUUUCAUCACAGAUGUUCUUAUUGUUCCUACAAAUCUGUACUUGGUUAACAGUUCUCCAGGUACGUUGGUGUCAACGUUGUUUGCGUUGUUUUUGUUUUUGAACUAUGCAUUCUUGAAUGGCCUUAACUUUAUUUUCAAGCCUUUUAAGGGACAUCAACAUGAUGAGAAGUUGAUAGUGAUCAUCGAAGCUUCUUUCAUUACGUGGGUGAUAUUGUUGUGGUCCACUGUGAAGCAAUCACACAACAAAAUUGGUGACGAUCAUACCGGAGAAUUUAUUCUUACGGUGUUGUUUGUUCUUCAAUCCGCAGCUGCUCUAUUCGGAUUGUUUGGCUGGAGCUUGAAGUCUCCAAGGAGAAUCGCAUUAAGUGAAGGUGAGUCCCAGCCUUUGAUAGGAUCGAGUUCUCAACAUCGCUAUCACUCUCACUCCGAUGAUGAAGACUCUAUUGCUGAAUCUUCUUCUCUAUCCUUGCAAUCUGGAUUCUCUGAAGGUUGCUCAGUUCACGAGAAGAAGUCCUUCAGCUACGACUGGCUCCUCCAAUUUUUGCUUAUUGUGCCAUUAUCCUCCUUGAUUAUCUACAAUUCUGGCUUUUUGGUCUUGGCCGGUAUUAAUAAGUCGAUCCAGGAAUCACUUGAAGCUCAAGAUUUUAUCUAUAAGAUUAUUCAGGCAUUCGUUAUUGUUUGGGCGAUUCCGUUUUUGCCAUUCAUUUUCAAAUUGAACAGAGUUUUUGUCCUUGCAUUGCUCAUUGCAUUAAUCCAAGGAGGACUUGUUAUUAGUACGAAGUCUGCUUUUGAUGUUGAGAAUCCAUUGAAAUUGAGGUUCCUUGAAACUAUUGAUUUGAAUGCCAACCCCUUUACCAACACCGUUAGUGUUAGUGGCCGUCUGAUGAAAUUGAUUGAAAACAUUUUGGAGGACAUUCCUUCCUUCAAAGAUAAUAAGGCAGAAUUGCUCACAUCCUCUCUUGGGGAUGGUAUGCUGUUGUAUUCUUAUGGAUCGCAAUUAACACCGGAUUUUAUACCCGGUAAUUCUAUUCAAGAUUACUUGACUAUUGAGGUGUUGAGAAAUUCGUCUUCAGGUUCCGACUCUCCGUUCGGCUUGUUAACAGGAGAGAUCGAAAUCAUUGCUCCAAAGAAUAGGAACUGUAAAGUCUCGUUUAAUGUGACUGACAAAGUGAUUAAGAUUUUUGACGGAGUGGAAUCAUCAUCUUCAACACAUUCCCCAGUGAAAACUGUCAUUGUUUACAAAGAUGAGAAGAAAGGAAAUGGCAGCGACGUCGAGCUGUAUAACACAGCAGGUAUCCCUGAGGGAUUUUCGAGAGAUCACGACGGAAACUACCUUUUCAAGGAUUUCGAGGGCAUUGGCCAAUUGCAAUUAAACAAACUUGACUGGGACAAGAAAUAUCACAUUGCAUUCCAGUGGGUGCCAGAGGUCGUGGAGUCCGAUUUUUCUGUCGAUUCUGAUGUUGAAGCACAAAAAAUAAAUGUGAAGCAGUUGGGUGUGAAUGUGGAAUGUUACUGGAGUGGACUGUCGGAUGUGGAUGAAUUUAUUGCUGAAUCGGAACAGAUUCCAGCUUACAAGGAGCUUUUGCAUUACUCGCCUAACUACGUGAAGUGGGCCAACAGAGAUCGUGGAUUGGUCUCUGUGACGAAGUAUGCUGAGAUUUAG